AUGGUCUCAAACAUUUCCGAAGUCGAAAUGUGGAUGGAGGGCAUGCAUGCGAAGCAGAACCCUAAGCCAGACCAGCAACCAUUCGGUCGCACAGAAUUCGACCAGCUCCUUGGUCACUGCGGAGCCAUUUGCGAUAUGCCAGCUAACUUCUUCGAACCCGAGCUGGUGGCGACAUACCCUAAGUCCAAGGUUGUUCUCGUCGAGCGUGACAUUGAAUCCUGGUACAAGAGCUUCGACGAGAGUAUCGUCACCGUCGCGUUCAACCCCGUCUGGCGAUUCCUGUCGUGGUUGCGAGCCAAACAUGUGGCGGAGAUUGACGACAUCACUUUCACGUGGUUAAAGUACACCUUUGGUGCAGAGACAAGGAAAGAAGUCCUAGAGAAGGCUCGCGAUGGGUAUCGAAACCAUUACGCGACUAUUCGGAGAGAAACGCCCCCUGAACGGUUGCUCCACUACAACCUGAAGGAUGGGUGGGAGCCACUGUGUGCCUUCUUGGGGAAUUCUAUUCCUGAUGUUCCGUUUCCCUAUGCCAAUGACCAUGAGGCAUUCCACGAAAAGCUGCAGAUAAUCAUCAGGAAAGGUGCGGUCGCAAUCGUGAGGAAGGCGACAUGGGUUGUGAUUCCCGGACUGAUAGGUGUAGCGGCAUAUUAUUUCGGGUCCAGGGAGGGGUUACUGGCAAGCAUCGCAGGAAUCAGCAAUUGA